CAAAGGGCGCUGGAAUGAGCCUCCGGGGCAAGCAGGCCCACGGACGAAGCUGCCUGAGUCCCUGCUCCCCGAAAUGGCGCAGACGCAGGACGAGGCUCGGGCAGGGGCGCCCCUGAGGGCGGAAGGCCACCCGGACGGGGAGGUCAGGCUCAUUCUGUACCAUUGGACGCACUCCUUCAGCUCUCAAAAGGUGCGCUUGGUAAUUGCUGAAAAGGCAUUGAAGUGCGAGGAACAUGAUGUAAGUCUGCCCCUGAGUGAGCACAAUGAGCCUUGGUUUAUGCGUUUGAACUCAACUGGAGAAGUGCCUGUCCUUAUCCACGGGGAAAACAUAAUUUGUGAGGCCACCCAGAUCAUUGAUUAUCUUGAGCAGACUUUCCUGGAUGAAAGAACACCCAGGCUAAUGCCUGAUAAAGGAAGCAUGUAUUACCCGAGGGUGCAGCAUUACCGAGAGCUUCUUGACUCCUUGCCGAUGGAUGCUUACACACAUGGCUGCAUUUUACAUCCUGAGCUCACUGUGGAUUCUAUGAUUCCAGCUUAUGCAACCACAAGGAUUCGCAGCCAGAUUGGUAAUACAGAAUCUGAACUGAAGAAACUUGCUGAAGAAAACCCUGACCUACAAGAGGCAUACAUUGCCAAACAGAAGCGACUUAAGUCAAAGCUGCUUGAUCAUGACAAUGUCAAAUACUUGAAGAAAAUUCUUGAUGAGUUGGAGAAGGUCUUGGAUCAGGUGGAGACUGAGUUACAAAGAAGAAAUGAAGAAACUCCAGAAGAGGGCCACCAGCCUUGGCUCUGUGGAGAAUCCUUUACCUUGGCAGACGUCUCUCUGGCUGUCACAUUGCAUCGACUGAAGUUCCUGGGGUUUGCGAGGAGAAACUGGGGAAAUGGCAAGAGACCAAACUUGGAGACCUAUUAUGAGCGUGUCUUGAAGAGAAAAACAUUUAACAAGGUUUUAGGACAUGUCAACAAUAUAUUAAUCUCUGCGGUGCUGCCAACAGCAUUCCGGGUGGCCAAGAAAAGGGCCCCCAAAGUUCUUGGCAGCACUCUUGUGGUUGGUUUGCUUGUAGGAAUGGGAUAUUUUGCAUUUAUGCUUUUCAGAAGGAGACUUGGCAGCAUGUUAUUAGCGCUCAGACCCAGACCAAAUUAUUUCUAGUUUUGUUGGGUUCUGUGGUAGCAACUCAUCCAACCAUUCCAUCAGACCCUCACCCUCUUUUCCAGACCCAGUGGAGACUUACCCUGGGCAACUAGUAGAAGGCAUAUUUUACAAUAUUUUUUGGGGAGUUCAUGUGGGGAAAGGAGCUAUUGAUAUGGUUUUUUUUUUUGUAGCCAACAUGACUUACUUCUAAUCUAUCUCUAAAGCAAGGAAGUGAAA